AUCUCUCAUGUCUUCAACCAGACAAAUCUUUGCAACAGGCUGAAACCUAAACAGAGAGAGAGAGAGAGAGAGAGAGAGAGAGAGAGAGAGAGAGAGAGAGAGAGAGAGGGAGAUGGCGAAAGCAAAAGAUGAAAGAAAAACCUCGAAGGCAAUAAUUCAGAAAGCAACAUCAUGGUCAACUAUGAGAAGCCUCUUCAGUUUCAAACACCAUCAUAACCUUAACCCUAAGCCACAACCAAAACAGCUUCUUGUUCAGACACAGACACAGAAGCAGAAGCAGAAGCUGCAAGGACAAAUGCCCGAGGAAACAGUGAAGAAGAAGUGCAAGAAAAUGAAAUGCUCAGGCUCUCUCUGUAGCAACACCAAAGUGAUGCACAGACCCGAAACGUCUAAUUCACCAGAGACCCUGAAGAAGAACAGACCAAAUUCCACGGACAACCACCACCACCACAACAACAAUGCCUCUUCUUCUUCUUCUUCUUCUUUUUCUUCUCAUUCUUCAUCCAACAGAUCCAUGAAAGCUCCUCUGAGAGAGCUUAACGUCAAUGGAGGGUCAUCUCUCGCCCUUGAUCCGUCUUCCUUGAAGGAAUCCUCUGGAGGAAGCGGCGCGUCCUUCAGGGGAAAGCCGCUCAGGAGAUUCUACGGUUGCUACGAGUGUAGAAUGGUGGUUGAUCCUGUUCUUGGCAUCAUUCGAGAUCCUGUUCCGAGAAACACCGUAUGCUCUUGCCCUGACUGUGGUGAGAUCUUCACCAACUCCGAGAAUCUUGAGCUUCAUCAAGCUGUCCGUCAUGCAGUUUCGGAGCUAGGACCAGAGGACACGAGCAAGAACAUAGUGGAGAUCAUAUUCCAAUCAAGCUGGUUAAAGAAGCAGGCACCCAUCUGCAAGAUCGACCGGAUCCUCAAAGUCCGGAACACUCAGAGCACAAUCUCCAAGUUCGAAGAGUACAGAGACGCCAUUAAAGCCAAGGCCACGAAGCUCCCACGGAAGAACCCUCGCUGCGUCGCCGACGGCAACGAGCUCCUCCGCUUCCACUGCACCACUGUCUCUUGCCACCUCGGCCUCCGCAGCGCCACCAACCUCUGCAACGACUCCUCCCCGAGCUGCCGCGUCUGCGCCAUCAUCAAGACCGGCUUCGGCGACAAGGGCCAGGGCAAAAACGGAAUUUUGACGACGGCGACUAGCGGGAGGGCGCACGAUAGCUGGGAUGCGCAGGAUAGCCGAGUCGGCUCGGUGGAGGGGGAGAGGGCGAUGCUGGUUUGUAGGGUCAUCGCCGGAAGGGUGAAGAAAUGCGGCGGCGGAGAAGGGUAUAACCGUAAUUUCGGCGGCGAUGGUGUAGGGGAAGAGUACGACUCGGUGGCCGGUGACGUUGGAGCUUACUCUAAUUUGGACGAGCUGUAUGUGUUUGAUCCAAAAGCCAUAUUGCCAUGUUUCGUUGUCAUCUAUAGUCUAUAGAGUCUUUGUUUAUCAGAAUUUCCAAAAUCUAACACGUUUUUGUAUAAUAUAUCAGUUAUUA